AUGGCAAAAUGCUCAUCUUCGCUUGAUGAAUGUCACUCUUACCUAGCUGAAAAUAAUAUGUUUUUUCAAGAGAGCUCAGAUAAACUGUUUACACCUCAAAACGGCAAAUUCUUAGGACUAAUACAGAUGUUUGCAAAAUUUGAUCCUGUGAUGCAAAAACAUUUAGCAUUUGCAAUAAAAGGUGGCAGGUUCAGAUCAUCAUCAGGUCCAGAUCCAAAGGUGGCAGGUUCAAUAAAAGGUUCAGAUCAUUACUGCGAAAAGAUUAAUGGGGUACAAAAAAGGAUUUUAAAUCUUAAUCCUUUAGCCUUAUAUGUUCCCUGCGUCAGACAUAGUUUAAAUUUGAAACUCUGUGACACGUGGUGGAAAGCAAAAAUAAGUAGUGUCAAAGCCAUUUGUUUUCAAGUUGGUGAUAUAGAUGAUGCUUUGAUAGCAUUGUCAGAAAUUGAAGGAUGUGAUCCUAAAACUGCGCAUGAAGCGAUAACCCUAGAAGAGCACUUGAAAGAUUUUAGCUUUCUUGUCUCUUUAACUGUCUGCUGCAAUCAUAAAAGCAAAGAAUUUGGCCGUAGUGAAGUACAGGUGGAGCCUGUUUUAAACUACUUAAAAGAAAAAUACAAGUAA